AUGGACAAGUCUCAAGAGACGCAAAAGACGGAGCAGGAAGUUGCGUCCGAGUUCAAGUCGUACUAUCUGCAGCGGGCCACCAAGGAGUUUGCCGAAGACCUGGACAAGGUGCGCGGGGCCGACGACUUCAGGAACGAUGCCCUCCAGAUCCUGGUGAGCGCGCUACAGCAAGGCACCGAGCUAUUCUCUCCCGAGGACCAGCGGAGGAUCGUCAUGGCGGAAUCGUCUUCGUCUUCGUCUUCGUCUUCGGCAGCGCGUGCCUAA